ACUCAACGAUUACUUAUUUUGUCACUUGUAAGAAUCUCGGCACUGCAUUUCUCUCAUCGAAGUCCAAAUCCAAAACCCUAAACUGAUCUCCAAAAUCCAAUCUCAAAACCCUUAUUCUUCUCUUGCUUUGCAAUCAAACGCCAUGACGAAGGAAUUCGCGGUGCCGCCUGUAAUUUUUCCCUCCGGUGGCAACCCAACCGUCGGUGGUGCCUCCAACAUGCCGCAACGCCGGGUUCCAACGGCACCUUUUCAACCUCAACGACCUUCAAACUCUGGAAUCCCUUUCAUGUCAUUUGAGAUCGGUUCCGCUCCAACCGCACCUUACGGGGCCGGUCCCAUUGGCGGCGGGCCUGCCGCGUCAUCUGGCGCCGCGAACUUCGACGACGAAGAGCCACUGCUCGAUGAACUCGGUAUACAUCCUGAUCAAAUCUGGAGAAAGACAAAAUCAAUUCUGAAUCCAUUCCGCGUUAACCCCACCUUCCACAAAGAUUCGGAUCUGUCUGGCCCGAUCUUCCUCUACCUCUCUCUUUGCUUAUUUCAAUUACUCGCGGGGAAAAUCCAAUUUGGUGUAAUUUUGGGCUGGAUUGUCGUAUCGUCGAUUUUUCUUUAUGUGGUAUUUAAUAUGCUGGCUGGGAGAAAUGGCAAUUUGGAUCUGCAUACUUGUACUAGUGUUCUUGGUUAUUGUUUACUGCCGGUGGUGAUGUUAUCAGCGAUUUCUCUUUUCAUGCCUCAGGGCGGGCCUAUUAGAUUCUUGGUCGCCGGGGUUUUUGUCAUUUGGGCGACUAGGGCUUGCACAAAUCUAAUGGUGGCAGUGGCUGAUGGAGGAGAGGAACAUCGUGGAUUGAUUGCGUACGCUUGUUUCUUGAUUUAUACUCUGUUUUCGUUGCUUGUUAUAUUUUAAUGAGAAUAAUGUAAGAUUGGGAAUUGGUAUUGAUUUUGUUUUUUGCUUUGUAGUUUAAAGAUAUUGUAGUUUUGGUUGGAUUUUUUUUCUCCAGUUGCAGGUGAUCAUAAAUCUAAUAUACGCUGGCAUUCGGUAUCAUGAUUUGUUCAUAAACGGUAUAUGUAGAAUUGAAAAUAGUAAGGUGCCGCAUUAAUGUUGUUAGA